UAUGUGUAUCCGGGGGAAUACGGCUCAGGUGGGACGCUGACGACCGACACCAACGCCUUCACACGGACUGUGCUCCCGACCAGGAUAUCAGUUGUGCCGAAUUUGGGGACCGUCAGAGGUCCGCCGCCAGUCGAAACGACAACAUCGAUUAUAUCUCCUCCGAUCAGGACGCCACCAACAAGGCCACCUGCCAUCCCAGCCCCGGUCGCGGCCCCGCAAGAUGGGGUUCAGAAUAUUGAUCUGGGCGAUCCCAUGCAAGAGACGCCAGCACCAGAAGAGCAGGAGCCGGAGCCAGAACCGGAACCGGCGCCCGCACCAGCACCCGUGAUACCAGGUAUUCCGGGAGGUGGCCGUCCUGCCGGUCCUCCAGUAAGGACGUCAAAAAGUGUAGUAACGGCAAUCGUCACGGAAAUCGACCUGGGGCAUGGUAAUCCCGCUACCACGACAUCUACAUCGACGUGGAACGGGUACUCCAACUCGACCUUUGUGACGUCGGUGCUGUACCCCAACCAAACUACACCACAUAUCUCUACGCCCACAGCCACUCUUAGCUUUUGCCAACCUUCAGACUUGACUAUUCCCCCUACGGUAUGGUCGAUUGUCUACACAAGCACGCUGACUUGGUUUGGCAACCCUGAGGAUUACACGCCUGAGUAUCCCCCCAUCUCGACCCCGCCGGUUUCAUCGUGUGUCCCGUCACCACCCAGGUUGACCGUCUCGCGAUGCUCGUCUACAAGCACCGGAGAGGAGAACACACCUUGUUUUGUGACGGUCACAGCGUCCACGUCUUAUCCCUGGGGCUAUGGACCACAGACAAGCACUGUGCCCAACACUGUCACUUUUGUCACGACGGAUAAGAACCCGGCUGUGAUUUACACCUCCAUGAAGCCACCUAAUUAUGGUGUUACCCAACCGCCACGGACUCAAGCUCAUCAUGAGUCCCUCACGGAAGAUGGCGCUGCUUCUCCCAUCUCGACGCCGUCGUACGGCUCUGAGCCCAAUAAUCCUGGCCCUAACAACCCGAGCAAUCCGAACAACCCAAGCAAUCCUAACAACAGCCCGAGCAGUCCAAACAACCCCAGCAAUCCCUCCAACCCAAACAACCCAAACAACCCAAACAACCCAAACAGACCCCAACCCAUCGAAGAGUCCCGCUCAGCAACCAUAACCCGCUCCCCGGUAACAGUAAUAAUUCAACCAACCGCCAUCGUCAUAAACGACAACACAAUCAAAGACAACACGACGAAAAAAACCCAAGUCGUCAUCGUCUCGGGCGAGACCUUUACGAUCGACCCAACAAGGGUGGUAGGCGCAGACACAACCAUCGACCGCGUCACGGCCACAGGAGGAGGGGUGUACUACCCCCCCACGCCCACCACGACCUCCUUACGUGGCGUAGAAGUAAUCCUGACCUCGUCCCGGGUGAUAAUCGGUGGAUCAACUUACACCUUCUCCCCCACCUCCACCAUCGCCGUAGUCAACGACGAGACAUUCACCAUCGGCCCCACGGCGAUCGCUGCCGGGUCACAAACCCUCAACCUCCCUGCUGCUCCUGUUCCGACAGAGGUCGUGGUGGUGGGAGGGGAGCUGAUUACUGCCAUUGGCCCCACCUUGGCCGUCAUCUCUGGGAGUACGAUAACUUAUGGUAGCACCGUCUCGACGACGACUAUAGGGGGUGAUGUCAUUACUUUUGGUCCUGGGGGUGUGACGGCGCAUGGGACGAUCACGCUUGGGGGGAGUGCCGCAAGGCCGGGGGAGACGCAGUAUGUCGUUGCUGGGGGCGCGACUAUCACCAAGAUUGGGGCGAGCGUGGUGGUGGUGAAGCAGACCACGUAUACUAUCGGGCCGGCGGCGGCGGGGGGGAUGGGGGAUAGGACGGUUACCACUACUGUUGGGGGGGAGGUGAUCACCAUUGGGCCGGAGGGGGUUGUGGUCGGC